AUGGAGGCAAGCAAGCAUAUCGAGCAGUUGCGUCGUGAGAGAGGAGUUGGGAAUUCUGACUUUGACUUCGUUGCCCAGACUCUGGAUAACGCAUUGGCUAUUUUAGCCGAUGACCUCUACACCAAACCUACUCAUUUUCUCCUUGAACUUAUCCAAAAUGCGGACGAUAAUAAAUAUGCGGCAGAUUCUCCGACAAUUACGUUCAAUCUCAUGACCAAUCUUCUCCUUGUGAGCUGCAACGAACUUGGUUUUACUCCAGAUGACGUACGAGCCAUAUGUAGUAUUGGUCAGAGUACAAAAAGUGCGUCCAGAAAGGCUUCAGGCUACAUCGGCGAAAAAGGUAUCGGCUUCAAAUCAGGAUUUAAACUCGCAGAUACUAUAUGCGUGUCCUCGGCUUCAUACUCUUUCAAAUUCGUGAGGAGCGGUCGACUUGGAAUGAUCACCCCAAUCUGGGAGGACUUCCCGAGUCAGCAUUUCCAGGAAGGAUUAACACAGUUUUUGUUUCACAUACCCGAGUCGAACGAUGUUUUGAGCGUGGAGACCGACCUCUGCAACCUUGAAGGUUCAGUUCUGCUGUUCCUUCGACGCCUGGAGAGAAUCGAAUUGGAGCCGGCCUUUGGCGGUAAUCGCUUCUUUAUCCGAGAUUCCUUCCCAGGCCUGGCCGGUGAAAUUGUCCGUAUUGAUGAUAUCUCGGCGGAUGGUAUCUCGUUUAAACUUUACACGAUUGAGCGAACAGAGGUCAAAGAUUUGCCUGAUGACCCUAAACGUCCUGGUAUCCAUGAAAGCGAAGUUGCUGUCGCUUUUCCCUUGUCUCCUGUAGACACGCCUUUGGUUAAAGACUGUUUUGCUUAUAAUUUUCUUCCCAUCCGGAAAUACGGCUUCUCGUUCCUCAUUCAAGGAGACUUUCUUCUGACCGCCAAUCGCGAAGAUAUCGAUGAAAGACCGCUCUGGAACCGAGCUUUACUUGAUGGAGUCGUACAAGCAUUUGUUCAGGCAGUUCAUCGUUUCAACAAAACAGAACUGAAAUACAAAUGGCCUGCUUAUCUGCGGUGUUUUUCUUCUCUCGUCGGAAACACCUUGGUUGACUCUGUUCGCAGCCAGAUACUUAAAAGACUGAAAAACGAACGUAUCUUGGAGACUAGAGGGAGGUCCUUUAGAAGACCCCACGAGCUCUGGUAUUUGCCUUCUGAGUUUACGGAUGAUGAAGGCGAGUACCUCUUGGAGGAUGGACAACAGCAGUAUCAGCACUUGUCAAUUCACUACAAUGUACAUGAAUUGUCCAUCUUGGGCGUAAAGCCCCUUACGUCCUCUUUAUUCCUGAGUGAUCUCAAAAACUUUGCACGGGACCAAAGUGUUAUCUUCCGGCGCAUGCCUAAUACGUGGCAUUCUAAGGUGGCCAACGCUGUUCUUCAAAGAAGGGGUGGUCUCCAACGAGAAUUAAGCUUUUGCCCUAUUAUUCCUCUUCAAGACGGCUCAUGGGUCACUCCCUCUGAGGGGAACAUUUUUUUCGCGAGCACCGAUACCAACGUCUUUGUUCCAGGCGGCAUAGACGUGCUACUAGUCGAUCAAACCGCUUCUCAGGAUCCCAAAAGGCGGCAAUUGUACCAGGACCUAGGUGUCCAAACUCUUAGUUUUCAAAGAGUUUGCGAGAUGAUUCUGGAAACGCACAAGCAAGCCUCCUGGCACUGCACCACAAGGGAUCUGGCAUCUCAUGCAUCUUAUAUGUUCCGCGCAAGAGAACUGUUUCCAGUGGAGCUUUCCGAUCAGUUCUGGUUGGCAACUGCUGAAGGGAGAUGCGCAAGAGGCAGAGCUUUAUACAUGGAACUUCCGAAUUCCGUCCGGAUAAGCGACUUUGCCGCGUGCAAGGAUCUGGUAUCUUUGAUCAAUCCUCUCUAUCUAGAACUCCAUACAGAUUCGUUUGAGAACUGGACUAGAUGGCUGCAACGUGUUUUACGGGUCGCAUGCCUUCCACGGCUAUUCCAGGAAGGCUCACUUGUCAUUGUGACUCAUGAAUUCUUUCGUCUUAUGGAGCAUACUCCCAUGCAAUGCCUGAUACUCCUCAGAGACAAUUGGUCACAUUACUUUCCAUCUGGGUACCAGAAUCAGAGAGUACGUGAAAAAGCGGUUCAAGUAGUAAAACGCAAUCUGCGGAUACGCUGCUCGAACGGCAAACUUACGGCCAUUGGAAAUACAUUUCUUCCAAAAGCUCAUAUGACCCAAAUGGGUAGAUGCCGGGAUAUUCUGCCUUUUCUCGAUGUUUCAGACCCCGACAAUAGCCUGUGGGCUAAUUUAUCAUUACUUGGUAUUACAAUGGAUCUGAGCCUAGAACUUUACCUCCAGUACUUGGAGUGCAUUCAAGGUGAAAUUCUCAAGGCGAAUGAUGCACACGAUAUAUACAGGCAGAUAAAACAACGGUUGCCAAAUGACAAUGGCACCCUCAGGGAUUGCAAAACACGAUUUUCUCUUCUGCCGUUGAUCUUCGUGGCUCGACCGACACCCCGAUGGCUGAAGGUGGCGGAGUGCUUCUGGAGAGCACCUCAAUGCCUGCGAUCUGCCAUUUCUAUCUCAACCCGCUACCCGGAUUGCUCUUCGUUGUUCAAAGGGGUUCUGGGCCUCCGUGAUGCUACCGCCGUAGACAUAGUCCAUGAAUUGGCUAGACUUCGGCCAGAUGCGGCUGAUAUUCCGCAAGUUAGGGAUCUUAUGUUCUGGCUGAGCGACUAUCUACACCAAGGAAAUGAUUUGAACACCGAGUCGAUCUCGCAGCUGGAAACAUGUGUCGUGUUUCCGGUUUUUCAAGUCAUAGAUGGACAAAAGCAGACUUGGUUCGUCGCCUUCUUUGACCUUUGGUACAUCGCGGAUAGGCCCAGCCUUCGUCAAGCAUUCCAAACCAAAGUCCCCCUUCUUGAUUUCGCAAUAUGCGAAUUCCAACGAAUCAGGCCUUUGUUGACCAGGCUUGGGCUAGAUGAGUGCACUUUGUCAGCCAGUGUGGAUGAAAUCGCUAUGCAUGAAGGUGACGCCGCUUUUCACGGGCUUCUAACAGAGAAGCUUAUUCAAAAGCUGACUUUCAUGGAGCGUUUGCUUGGAGAUACGAAGAGUAACCCAUCGAUGCUGAAGCUUAAGGAUCUUAAGGUCUAUGCUGUGACAAAAAUUACGCUGAUACGACAAAUAGACGACAUCACAGGGGAAUCGGACGAUGGAGACCUCGUUAUGCGGGAGUCUGAUACGCGGUUUGAGUUCUUUAUCAAGAUCUCAGACCUUGAAUCUGGUGAUUUGCCAUAUUCAGCUCUUGCGGGUCGUCUUUCAGACGUUUUGGGAAUUGAGGAUGAGAGGAAACAGCUAGUUAUGAUUAUCCUGGUCACUCAAAGCGAGCAUCGCAUCGGACUUACUCUGGAACAGCAUGGCUUUCACUCGGAGCUGCACGAAGAUCAGGACUCAGCUCAUCACUCUGAGAUAGGCGGAUACCACACCCUGGAUACUUCAGAGACAGUUCAUGUUUCCGAUGAGGUUUCAUACAAUCAGACCAAAGUGGCUGUUGAAACAUUUGAUCAAAUGAGGCGGAGAGAGAACAGCAGAAUUAGCCAGUCAAGACUGUCAGUGGCUAAUGCCGCGGGUUUAUUUGAUAUGACACAAAUCAACAUAGACCACCCAGGCGAGAUGGAAUAUCCUCUUUCCGAAGAAGCAUCAGACCAUCAUCAGCCUAAAAGCCCUCUUCUGGCACGUUCCCUCCGGCCUGAGCCUGGUCAAAGAGUUUGGAACAUGAGAGAUAUGCGAUCAGCCCUUCCUCUGUUAGGUAGUGAGGACAGAGUCGAAAGGCAUUCCUACCAACCACCACUAUACUGUCAUGCUGUGCCGGUGCUUGCCAGUCCCAGAAGUGAAUCAACCUGGAAAGAGGACCAAGAAACUGGAUACUUGGGAGAGCUAUUUACAUAUGAGUUCCUCUGUUCGAACUUUCCCAAUAUUUUUAGUGACGAUUGCUGGACUAGCAAGAUGCGAUCAAAGAGGGGUCUUCCUGCCUUCACCGACUCGGAAUCUUGCUACUCUGAUUUCACUUUACGUGGCAUGGGAAAGGAAUUCUCGGAAUUUCUUCGUGAUCGAGGAGUUCCAUAUUCGGAUCGAUGGGCAGACAGCAACAUGACUUUCCACCUUGAGGUAAAAUCCACAACUGGAACAUGCAAUGAGCCUUUUUAUAUGAGUUACAAUCAACAAAAUCUCUCUCGGUCCUGGAGCCUUGAAGGGGAAGACGGGACUGCUUCGGAUGUUUAUCUUAUCUUCCGUGUGUUCAAUAUCAACGAGAAACCGGGCCUCCAUAUAUAUCUAGACCCAUGGAAACUAUUCCUCGACGGCAAACUGAGCUUCAAGCCGGAGGGGUCUUUCAUCGUCGAGGCGAGUGAAUAA